GUAACCAAUUGGCAGCCGAGGAGAGGCUGAGGGCAGGAGGAAAAAAUACUACCAUUUUAGGGGAGGAUGCAAGCCACUAUACCAGCCCCAUCUAAGGUUUUACAGGCGCACUUAAGUGUCUUUUUAUUGAAAUAAUAAAAUAAACAUGUCGCUAACGAAUUAUUAUUCCAUGAUGGGUGUCCAAACCGAGGAGGCGUACGCUGCGCAUUUCAUCCCGGGAGGCUUGCAGGGUUCGACGGCCGGGUGCGCGAAGCCUUCCCGGGGAGCGGAGCAGGAGCAGCGGGAGGAGGAGGAGGGGACCCUCUGCUCACACAUCCCGGAUUUCUCCCAUUUUUCCAACAAAGCCAGCCUCAACGGCUUCUCUCCUUGGACAAACACGCCUACCUCCUCCUCGACGUCUUCCCAGCUGCAGGCCGCCUCCGGUGCCUCCCUCCCCGGCCUCUUCCAUCCGCACCCCCUCCUGAGCCACCACCACCACCACCACCACCCGUACUACGGCCCGCAGGCUCCCAGCCACGCCGAGCACGUCGCGUCCGCCGCGGCGUCCGACGGCAGGUUCGUCCGCUGCUGGGAGGGGGCGACCCCGACCUCAGAGAGCGCGCUGUCGCACGUGCCGCCCGGCUUCCCCGCGUGUCUCCCCGCGCAGGGGGACCUGUCCGACCCCAGCCCCACGUACGACGCGAUUAAACCCGAGAGCUCCCCGCGGUCCCACGACAGCGCCGAGGACUCCAGCUUCGCGAGCCCGCCGGAGGUGGUCCUGGAGCGGCUGGGGACGGCGGAGGAGCUGGGAAGGAAGUCCGAGCCGAGGAAGGAGGAGGACGGCAGGAAAAGCCGGCAGCAGCCGCCGCCUCCGCCGCCGCCGCCUCCGCAGCAGCCUGACCCGGGUAAAGACGCGGUAAAGCCGGCAGGCAGCAAUGUGUCUAGCUGUGAGAAGCGCCAACACACAGAGAACCCUUCAGCCAGCUGGAUCCACGCCAAGUCCACGCGGAAAAAGAGGUGCCCCUACACCAAGCACCAAACCCUGGAGCUGGAGAAGGAGUUCCUCUACAACAUGUACCUGACGAGGGACCGGCGUCUGGAGGUGGCGGGACUCUUGAAUCUGACAGAGAGACAGGUGAAAAUCUGGUUCCAGAACAGGCGGAUGAAGAUGAAAAAGCUGAUGAUCCGGGAGAGGAGGAGCAUGAAUGACUGAUGGCUUGGGAGGCUGAGUACCUUCUGUUUUAUAUGUAUAUAUGUAGUUUUCACUUUUACCCCCCCCCCCCCCCCCCCCACCCCACCUGGGAUGGGAGAAGAGGCGGCGAGGCUAAAGCUGAUUAAAGAAACGCAACACUCCAAGAUGCUGAGCAUCGACUCCCCCGAUCAUCUGUUCCCACGCUGUGGAGCUACUAUAGGAAAGUGCAAUGGGGAGACCAGGAUGUGUUGUAACACGGUACCGCCAUUGGGCCUUAACGUAUGAAAUAACCCACGCUCUGCUGCAGAACCCUUCCAUCCACAUGAUAACCGCCUGG